AUGGAUCACAAUUUAGGAGACAUUCUGGGCCCAAAACGCGGUAACCAACCAAAAAAUACUGCCGGCAAACAAAAAGGUGAAAUAUUAGCCGGCUACGGUGAGCAAUACAACCCUGACGGCAGUGUAAGUAUGACCAACGCAGAAUGGCCAGAAUACCAAAUGAAAGACACACCUCCCGUGACAAGCAUGCACCGUCAAGGACUUAACAGCAUGUUGCCAGGCAACGCUGGCGUCAAUGGUUUCCAGCCAAUGGGAGGCGGUGAUUCACCUCAAGUCUCGCCCCAGGCUGCUCUGAAUCCAAGCCUCUUACCCGGACAGAAAAGCGAUCUGGGCCUAGGGAUGGGGGUAGGAAUGGAUAAAUCUCCCAUGGCACCCAUGAUGCAAAAAUUUGUAAGCGAUGUUGCCGAUGGAAAAUCGAUGAAUAAACAGCUUCUGAACGCGCCGUUUGAAAAACCGAAAAUUAGAAACGCAGGGUUUCGCAUUCCCGGAGAAUUUUCGUUCAAAGGCGAAGGGAAAUCUUUGGAGAAUCAAGAGGAAGCGAACUUUGUAAAGAACUUUAUGAGCUCCAAAAAAAGCCACACAACUCGUAGGAAAACAGGAAGGAAGUCGAAAUAG